AUGUACACCAUCAGGGUGAAGGCCGCGCCGCGGCAGGCCGCCAGCUACGCCGCCGUGGCUGCGGGCAGCGCCGCCGACGGCGGUGGCGCCAGCGGCAGCGGCCAGCCCUCGCCCUCGGCCACCCCGCCCCCAGCCGGAGCGCUGGCGGCCGCGGAAGCAGAAGAGGUAGACCACGUCAACUUCUCAGCAGGCAACCCCAGGGUGGAGCACAUGGUGGGCCGGGUCUCGCUGUUCCGACACCUGCCGCCGCCCGGCGCCUCGGCCGCCGCCGGCACGCCCGUGGCAGGGCAGCACCCAGCCGCACAGCAGCAGCAGCAGCAGCAGCAGCAGCAGCAGACCGCCAGCGUCCUCAGGAGCGAGAUAGAGCCGGCGGCGUCAAGUGACCUGGCUUCGCCCACGGCGGCACGGCAACACCCCGACCUGCCGCCCGGCCGCAACGCGCACCUGUGCAUCCUGGCGCUGCCCGCCGACAUGGGCUUUGCGGAGCUGUGCACCUUCAUGGGGGCCUACUUCCAGCACGUCCGGGAGGUGCGGCUGGUGCGGCGGGAGGGGCGCGGCAGCGUGUGCCUCGUGCUGCUGCGCUUUGGUGCGCAGCAGGCGGCCGACGACUUCUACCGAGACUACAACGGGCGAGCGUUCUGCAUGCUUGAGCCGGAGAUCCUGUGCCGGCUGGUGUAUGUCAAAGAGGUGGAGUGCCAGCAGGCGGCAGAGGCCGGGGGCGAGGCUCCGGCAGCAUCGGCGGUGUCGGCAGCGACGGGGCUGGCGCAGCAGCAGCAGCAGCAGCAGCAGCAGCAGGGCGGCGGUGGCAGCAGCGGCGGGUUGAGGGCGCCCCCCGGCACCACGGAGCUCCCCACCUGCCCCGUGUGCCUGGAGCGGCUGGAUGAACACAUCAGCGGCAUUGUGACCACGGUGUGCAACCACCGUUUCCACAACGAGUGCCUGCGGCAGUGGGGCGACACCUCCUGCCCGGUGUGCCGCUACUGCCAGCACUCCAACGCCACCACCAGCCACUGCGCGGUCUGCAGCACCUCGGCAGACCUGUGGAUCUGCCUCAUCUGCGGGCACGUGGGGUGCGGGCGGUACCGCGGCUCCCACGCCGCGGGCCACUGGCAGGCCAGCGGGCACGGGUACGCUCUGGAGCUGGAGACACAGCGUGUGUGGGACUACGUCAACGACAGCUACGUGCACCGCCUCAUACAGAGCAAGACGGACGGCAAGCUGGUGGAGGUGCCCUCGCCAGCGCAGCACAACCAGGCGGGGUGCAGCGGGCGCCCCGCCAGCCGCGGGCCGGCGGCCGCCUCGGAGUGCGGCAGCGAGCAGUGCUACGGCGACCCGGAAAUGGAAGAGGCCAUGGUGCUCAGCAAGCUGGAUGCUCUGGCCACCGAGUAUAAUCACCUGCUGGUGACCCAGCUGGAAAGCCAGCGGCAGUACUUUGAAGGCCUGCUGGUGCGGCGCGCGGCGGAGGCGGAGGCGGAGGCGGCGGCGGCGGGCGCGGCGGCGGCGGCGGCAAAGGACGUGGCGGCGGCGGCGCGCGCCGCGGCCGCCGAGGCCGACCGCCGGCGGAGGCAGGCGGAGAGCAAGCUGGCGGACGCCAGCGGGCGGCUACAGCGGGCGGAGGAGGAGCGGCAGUUCCUGAGGCAGCUCAGCGACAGCCUGCUGGCAAACCAAAAGGACUUCCAGGCAAGGCCUGGGGCCUCCUUGAUGCCUCGCUGUCGCUGCUGCCGCUGCUGGCGCCGCUGGUGCUGCCUGGCCCUGCAGGCUCUGGCUCCUGUCGCUUGGUGCUUGGCUCUGGCUCUGGCUCGGCUGGCUCGACUGGUGCUGCUGGCUGCUGCUGGGCUGGGGCUGGCUCUGAUGACUGGCAGCAGCCUCUGGGCGGCCAGCUAUUGCGUGGCGCGGCUCAAGGCAGCUGAGGAGAAGCUGGCGCAGACGGCGGCGGAGAAGGAUGCUGCGGUACGGGAGCUGCAAGAGCAGGUGUGCGGGGCGGAGGGCGUGCCCGUGGGGCAGGUGGUUCGGGACCUGAUGGUGUUCCUGGAGGCGCGGCAGACGAUAGAGGCGGCAGGGGCCGGCGGAGAGCUGGAUGGCGGCACCCUGCUGCCGGUGCCCGAGGCGGCGACGCAGGCGGCGGCCUCGCAGCGGCGCGGCCCCGGCGCAGACGGCAGGCGCGGCAAGAAGCGCUGA